AUGUCACGCUCUACGGUCCCCAGCAAGCGGUCCGCCGAUGCUGCAGAAGACGCCUGGGUGGCUGAUGAAGAUCGCUUUGUGCUACAGCAGGCCAAGAAGAAGGCCGCGAUCCGAGUAAAAGGUGGAAGGGCUCAGCCGGUGGAUUGGCUUGCCGUCACUCUGCUUGUCAUUGAUCCGGACCGCAAUCGCCUGGACGAUGAAGUCGGGUUGGAUGAUUUGGAUAUGGAGGAUCCCCAAGGCGUGUUUGAGGGGCUGGAUGACACGCAGUUAGCGGAAUUGGAGAAGGGCAUUGACACGUACAUCACGCUGGAAUCGAGCAGAAGCAAUCAAGACUACUGGAAUAUGAUGAAAACCAUCUGCAAAGACCGCCGGAAAUCUACAGACGGUGCUCAACCAACCGCGCGAGUUGUGGGCUCAGUAGCCUCAGAUCUGGACAAACUUCUCAGCCCCAAGAGUCUGGAAGAACUGGAGAAGCUCGAGAAGCAAAUCCGAUCCAAAUUGGCCUCCAACGAGCCAAUCGACACGGACUACUGGGAGCAUUUGCUCAAGAGUUUGCUCAGUUACAAGGCGAGAGCGAAACUACGCAAAGUAUCCCAAUCCAUUCUGGAGGCUCGAGUGGGCGGUUUGCGCAAACAGCAAGCGGCGGAAGCUGAUGCCAUGAAGGCUCGUCUUGAAGCACAUCUUCAGAAUGAUCCCAAUGCGUCUGGUGUGACAUCUUCGGGCGAUCGGCACCACGGCGCCCACCCGGACGACAGACACCCGCUCGAUCCAGAGCCGUUGCUUCGUUUGCGACAGGAAGACAAGGCUCUUGAGUCCAUGACCGACAAAGAGUUUGCCCAAAGUGUCGUCGACGACAGGAAAAAGGUGCUCAAGUUGGGUUUUGUGCCCAAUCGGAAGAGGCCCGGUAGCUCUGGCCAAGAACCGGCAGCCAAGCGAUCGCGAACCGAAGUCGGCGAUGCGAGCCAGGCCAGGGAUGCUGCCUUUGAUCGUGAGGUUGCGCGAGGCCUUGGUGAGAAUGAAGAGCUCUUCACGCAGGAAGAAGAGGUCGUCACCAUGAACAAGGCUCAAUGGGAUAAGCUCUACCGCCCGCGAAAGCCCAAGUACUUCAAUCGAGUGCUGCUGGGUUACGAAUGGAACAAGUACAACCAGACACAUUACGAUCACGACAACCCCCCUCCUAAGGUGGUCCAGGGAUACAGGUUCAACGUCUUCUACCCGGAGCUGGUGGACAAGACCAAGGCGCCGACGUACAAGAUCGAACGGGAGAAUGGCCGAAGGCGGGGUCAGACACUAGCUCCAGCUGGUGAAGACGACACAUGCUUGAUUCGGUUCACAGCAGGCGCACCAUACGAAGACAUUGCAUUCCGUAUUGUCGACAAGGAGUGGGACUAUAGCGCCAAGCGAGAACGAGGGUUCAAAAGCAGCUUCGACAAGGGCAUUCUCCAACUUCACUUCCAAUUUAAGAAGAUCUACUACCGGAAGUAG